CGUCUAACUCAUAAUCCAAUUUGGAAAUAAGUGUAAAUUUCGAGCAAAAGUCGUAGUUUAAUUUAUUAUCUAAUAUUUGUGUGUGUAACGUUAGUUGUCAGUGAUUAUUAUUCUAUUGUCGGAGAACAUAUAGUAACAUGAUCCGUAGGCCUGUGGUAGGUCCCAGGAGCAAGGAGUGGAAAUGUUGCUUCUGUCUCCACGUUCGGACUGCAACAAUAUGUCUUGGCAUUUGGCAUUUGAUGCUGCACUUGGUUGCACUAUGUGUUCUUGUGAUAAUUUUGCAUUCUCCGAACCUGAUAAACCAAUUGGAGCACCCAGAUCAAUCAAUGAUGGGUGUAGGUGUUGGUUCUAUUUCUCGUUAUAACGGAGACAAUAGCUUGUUAAACAAGGUUGAUGAUAAUGGAACACCUUUGGGAGAAAUGGAGCAUCCUCCAUAUGCAUAUAGAGACCACUCACUUACAUAUCAUGAUGUGGACAUGGGUGCUCUGGUUACAAUUUGUACACUGGCCAUAACAUUAAUGAUGUUAUAUGGAGCAGUUAAACAAAAGCCUGCACAUAUUUUGCCAUUCUUCUGCUUGCAACUAUUUGAUUUUGCCAUAACUACACUUACUGCAACAGGAUAUUUGUGUUAUUUGCGCAGUGUUCAUAGAUUGGUAUCAGAAAGUCGUCAUUUACCAAUGAGAGAAGAACUUUUGAAACUAAGCCCACAAACACUCAGUUUAUUGGUUCUAGUUGGAUUUAUUUGCGUUAUGCUAUUCAAGGCUUACUGCAUUGGCGUAGUCUGGAGAUGUUACAAAUAUUUAACAAUGCGUCAACAUGCUCUCAAGACUCUAUUGCCCUACGUCAUUCCUGAUCCUACAACUACUUCCAAUCUUGAUGCUACUUUGAACCCCAAUGACAUCAAUGCCACUCGUACAGCUAUGAUGAUGAAUUGUGAACCAGCUUACAGCUCCCUUUUGCCUGAUUAUGAAGAGGCUGUCAAACAGUCUCAGGAUAUUCCACCAAGUUAUCAAGCUGCUGUUGCUAGUGCUGGGCUAAUUGAAAAAGAGGCUGCUGCUUCUUCUGCUGAUGCAACUGAGGAAACGAAUAAGCCAGAGACUGAGCCCGCCAAGACACCUGAACCGGAAACUACCACAAAAAGUGAACCCAUAAUGUGUAAAGUAAAAAAUUAA